AUGGCAGGACCUCUUCCCCACAAGGAGCACAAUGGUGGUCAUGGACAGGCUACCAGUUAUGCCGUUGUAACCAAACACAAUGAUAACGAAGUUGUUAAAUAUGACGAUCAUGCCGAUUCUCAUGGAUAUGCCGAACAAGUCGAAUAUCAUGGUGGUAAUGAUGGUUAUCAUGGCCACGGAGAUCAUCACGGACAUGGAGGCGAACAUGAUGGAGAUUAUAGCAGCCAUCCUAAAUAUGAAUUUGCAUAUGGUGUUGAAGACCACAAAACCGGUGAUAUCAAAGAACAAUGGGAAUCCAGAGAUGGUGACAAAGUGAAGGGCAGCUAUUCCCUUAAGGAAUCCGAUGGAACAACUCGUUUGGUAACAUAUACAUCCGAUAAGAAGGCAGGUUUCGAGGCAACGGUUCAUAAAAUUGGUCAAGCCACCCAUGAUUACGCGGAUGCUGAAUAUUCUCAUAAACAUGGUUAUUGA